GCGCUUGCUCGCGCGCCGAGCGCGUACAAGCAACGCUCUGUUACCGUGGAACGUGUAUACCGGUACAAGUUGACCAGCAGAAAACAAAUGGAUACCCUGAUGAGGGUAACAAGUGAGUGAGAGCAGAGUAAAGAAGAAUUGGAAUAGUGAAAGUAUUUGCUGUGCGGAAAGUGGUCGUGAUGUCGACGAGAGAGUGAGUGAUUAUGUCGAGUGCGCGGAUGCAAAGUCGACAGUGUGCACAGCAGCAGCAGCAGCAGCAGCAGCAGCGGCGGCGGCGGCGGCGGCGGCAGCAGUGGCGGCAGCAGUGGCGGCGGCAGCAGCAGCGGCGGCCGGCGUGAUGCGUCCGCGAGCAAGAGCCCGGCGCCGUCGGCGCGCCGCCACCAGUGUAGUCUUGGCGGCACCGUUGCUCUUUCUGUGGAUCGUCGGAGCUCUUUGCGUCAAAGACGUGCCGGUGAUCGACGUGGUGGCCCUGCAAGAUAAACCUACCUACCUACCCUGCGACAUCAGGUCCAGCCAGGAGGACGACGCGGUCCAGCUGAUACUCUGGUUCCGAGAGGAUAGAGAGCGCUCGACUGCCAUCUACAGCGUGGACGCCCGAGAUCGAGACAUCAACUUCGCCGAGCGCUGGUCGGACGACAAGGUCUUCUCGAGCCGGGCCAAAUUCAUCCACGACAGGGAGCCAGCGGAGCUGGGAGUCGACCACAUACGCGAGGAGGAUGCUGGCAUCUACAGGUGCCGCGUGGAGUUCCGCAUCGGGCAGACCCGCAAUUCCAAAGUCAACUUGAGCGUCAUCGUGCCUCCACACAAGGUGGCCGUACUCAACGAGAAGGGCAUAGCGCUGGGCACGAGUGCGGGCCCGUACCUCGAGGGCGACCAGCUGCGGCUGUUCUGCGACGUCCACGGCGGUAAGCCGAUGCCGCGAGUCAGCUGGUACAGGGAUGGAGUGUUCGCCGGAAACGCCAGUCGCAGCCAGCGCGACGGCUUGAUCCGCAGCGAGCUGCUCUUGAGGAAGCUCGAGCGCAGCGACGUGGACGCAAGGCUCAGCUGCAACGCCAGCAACAGCCAGCGAGCGCCGCCCGUCUCCGCCAGCGUCCGCAUCAACAUGCACCUGAGCCCGUUGACGGUGAAAAUCCUGGGCUCCAACCAGCCGCUGUCCGCCGGGCGCAAGUACAACCUGGUAUGCACGACGACCGGCAGCAGGCCGGCUGCUCAGAUCACCUGGUGGAAGGACGAGUCGGAGCUCAAGUCCAAAAAUAGCACGAACGGCAGCGGCGGCGGCGGCGGCGGCGGCGGCGGCGGCGGCGGCGGCGGCGGUGGCGGCGCUAGCAACACCACCGCCAGCGUUCUGUCGUUCACGGCGAGCAAGGCUGACGCGGGAAAACGGCUGUUUUGCCGCGCGGAAAAUCCAAUCAUGCGGAGCGCAGCCAUCGAGGACGUUUGGACCCUGGAAAUACAAUACGUGCCCGAGACGAGGAUCCGCCUGGGCACCAACCUGGACCCGAAGGCCAUCAAAGAGGGCAGCGAUGUGUACUUUGACUGCCUGAUCGAGGCCAAGCCGCCGGUGUACAAGGUGGAGUGGCGGCAUCAGGGCGAGCCGCUGAGCCACAACGUGUCCCGGGGCGUGAUAAUCAGCAACCAGAGCCUGGUGCUACAGGGCGUGGAGCGCCGCAGCGCCGGCAACUACACCUGCGUGGGCUUCAACGCCGAGGGCCACGGCGAGAGCCAGGCCUUCUAUCUGGACGUGAUGUUCGCGCCCACGUGCAAACCCGGCCAGGCCAAGUUCCACGGGGUGGCGAAGAAAGAGAAGGCGAGCAUCGGCUGCCAGGUGGAGGCCAACCCAGCGGACGUGCAGUUCCGCUGGACCUUCAACAACUCGGCCGAGAGCAUCGAGCUGUCGGCGAGCCACGUGAGCCGCAGCGGCACCAGCUCCACCGCCAGCUACACACCGACCAUCGAGAUGGACUACGGCACGCUGCUUUGCUGGGCGAGCAACCGGAUCGGCAGCCAGCAGGUGCCCUGCGUCUACCACAUCAUUCCCGCGGGUCGGCCGGACGUGGUGCACAACUGCACAGCCGCCAACCCCUCCAGGAGCUCGUUCGCGGUGCGCUGCAGCCAGGGCUUCGACGGCGGCCUCACCCAGGCCUUCCUGCUGGAGCUGCGCGACGGCAGCAGCCAGCAGCUGCGCGCCAACCUGACCUCGAGCACGCCCAGCUUCAGUCUCGACAACCUGGACGCCGGCUCGCUCUACCAGGCCUACGUGUUCGCCUACAACGACAAGGGUCGCAGCGACCCCACGGUGCUGCAGGCCGCCACUCUCAGCCUGCCCGAGAAGCAGCUAACCUCCGACUCGGAACGACCGAGGCCGAACAUGAAGAUGACGCCUAUGCUGAGCGUGAUGAUUGGCGUGGUGGCGGCGCUCGUCAUCGUCGCAGUCAUCGUCAUGAUCGUGCUGCGCAUCCAGCACUCGCAAGUGGACGAUCAAGCCAAGUCGCAGCACGAGGAGGCGGGCAAGGCGGUCAAGGCCGCGCCUAUCCAGCGCGAGCUGCGCUUCCGGGAAUGCGGCAGUCUCAUCACCGACGAGAAGCACCCGGACGCCCAGGUGUUCGUUAAGCUGGACACCAUCAGUGCCGGCGACGUCAGCGAGAGCGACGAGAAGAAUCCCGACAUCAUACCCCAGCAGAUCACGGACCUUCAAGGCUGCGAGAUGAGCUGCUUCACGGGCGAGGAGGUGUCGGAGUACCUGCGCAAGAGGAGGCUGGUGUCCACGAUAGAGACGUCGCCGUCGCGCGGCCUGCUCGAGCGCUCGGCGGCGGUGGCGGCGGCGGCGGCGGCGGCGGCGGCGGCCGCCGCCGGCCCCAGGCCCAACUACGCGGGCUACUGCACGAUACGCAGGGACCUGCCGCUGCGCGAGCUCUCGCACGCCGUCCAGUUCAAGCACAAGAACCUGCAGCCGCUGGCCAGCGAGGCGUACGAGAGCGGCAUGUGCACGCUGCCGCGACAGCACUCCACGACGCAGCACUGGCCGAGCCACGCGCCGGCGCCCAUGUCGGUGUCGCCGACGGUGCGCUACGGCGUCGGCCCGCUGCGAGCCCAGCCCGGCCUGGCCCGCCAGCCGGCGGCGCCCCUCGCCGCGGCCCAGAGCCGCGCGCCGCUGCCAGCCGAGGCGGCCAAGCUCGCUCCCGGCCAGCAGCCGCCGGCCACGCCGCUGCUGAUGACCAAGCGCGAAAGCUCCGUCUGACCCGGCUGCGCUGCGGCUCGCGCCGGCUGGCCGCUCGGCCGCGGCGCCUGCGCCUCCUCCCGGACACCCUCUUCGUCGGCUCGUCCUCGCUCCCGGCGGUUCCCGUCGCCGCGGGCCUCUCGCUGCGCUGAGCGCGUCCAACUUUCGCCUCGUCGCGCGGCUCCAUAGGGACCCGCGCGAUCCUGAAUGAUCAGCUUCUUGCUGGGGCUCCAAAGUGGCGGCCAGCCGAGCAGAAUAAAGGACCGAACGGUUGAGCAGGCGGCAAAUGGAUACCUGGCGCGGAGCAAGCAGGGACAAAGGAGGACAAGGAGAAGGGUGGCCCAGCGGGUGGCCGCGCGAACAGCUGGGCGAGCUUGCGAGGCGGUCAAUGAAUAUUCCGAGGCUCACGCGCACUUGUAAAUACACGCCUCGAACGCGAGAAUAUUUUAUACAAUGACUGGCUAUGAAUAAUGCAUGUGCGCCGAAGUCGCGGACAAAGGAAGAACGGCAAAAGAAGAAUCGCGGCAGCGAAUGUGAGACUGCAGGACCGAGAGCCAACUGGAAUCGUGGCUGCCGGCUGGACUCGACGAAAAUCUCAAUGUACGCGCGCUAAAUGUAUAAAUAGGCGGAGGCAGGAUAGCGUCGAUGGAGCCGGAGCGAGCAGCCAGCGGGGCAGACGAGUAAAUCGUGCUCUUCGGUGAUAGAUCUGGCGGCAGUACAGCCUUCCCGACAAUCGACAGCAAGUUUCGUUUGCUCCGAGCUGGCUGCCGUUUGAUCAGCCGGUCAGUCAGGCGCCCGAGGACGCUCAACGACGCUCGACUGCAAAGCUGUACACUCGUCGAGUUGACGUUCCUCUUGUACCGUAACUCCACGGAGUAGGCUAGCCACAAAUACGCGCAAGAUCGGCUUGUUUUUCACUGCUCAUCCUACUUUAUAGACGCGCCACUACGCAACUUUGCCGAAUCGUUAUGCAUCGCAUCCAUAUUUAGAUAUAGCCGGGCACAUCCUGAGAUUGCUACGACUGGCUCUCCGACGAGCGCUGUAUGCGUGUAUUUGAUCGAGUAGAUCGCAAUCUGGCAAUCUCGCUUUCCGCACAACGUCGUAUCUGCACCGAGUAGUCUACGCCUGUCCGUCGCUCGUCCGUGGUUAUCGUUGGUCUGUCGCUGCUUGCCUGUCUAUGCAGCAGCGCCUGGCGACUCCAUGGCCAUGCCAUGGCGAGACUAUCCAGCGAAUCGCACUUACCAAGGGACGCAAGACAACGCAAAGCCGCGCCGGAGCGUCGCUGCGUCGGUCUCGAUGAGACGAGCCAAUCGAUAGAAUGGCAAAAUGGCUCAGCCGUAGAAGGUACGUACGUUGAAGCGUUCAACCGGUCGAGCGCCAUCGCAAAACAAGAACAAACUAACCGGAGUUCGGCGAGCAUCACUUUUUCCUAUUGUGAAUUCGAAACGACAGCGACAACCAUUCCUUCUUUCGAUACAUGCGCAAUGAUUCUUGCUGGUUAACUGCAAUCUAUAGUCCCACUGCUGCAUGACAACUAUACGGGUGAUCAUGUAUAAAUUUUAUCGACAAUGAGAAAGCUUACUAAUUUUUUAUCAUGGCAUAUAAAUUUAUAGAAUCAGCAAUCGAAAGAACGUUUCGUUGUUACUUGAGAGUUUAAAAAUCAUUGUUACCGUUCAUUGCCGUUUAUGGAAUUGAUGCGUGCAAAAGGAAAUACGAAGUGAGGACAGUUGUUGUAAUUAUGCAUAGGAUCAAUAAAUACGUCUUCGGCUUGGAAAGACAAGUCCUCAAAAUUAAUUACGUGAUCGCGAGCAAGGCAAUUUAUCAAGCAGACGAAUUGACAGAUAAACCAAUCGUUUGAUGUACCAGAUAAAUUAUUAUUCAUUUGUAUGCGUGCACGAUCGGCGUGAACCAUUAAACUUUGACAUGUAAGCUUUACGUAUGUUGUCCUCGCACGAUUCCGUUCAGUUCUCAUAGCCAAUGGGUUUGUGAGUUGGCGUUACGUUAGGAGUUUCACAGUAUUUAAAGAAACGCUAAACACGUUCAUAAACGACGACUGACUUGCGCGCGCGCGCGCGCGUGCGCGUGUGUGUGUGUGUGUGUAUGUAUGUAUAUGUAUGUUUGAAUUGUGAUUGAUCCAACUUGAACCAAAUAUUUGAUGUCGAGAUCCGUAAGAAAAUUCCAAUGAGCAUUUGCAGUCGAAGCUUACCCUAGACUCUGGAGGUAUUUUCUCGCGAGGCCAGAUGACGAGCUAGCAAUUCAGGUGUAGCCGGCCAAACACGAUCUGCAGAUGAUAAAAUGCUGUUCAGUGACACUGAUUUAUUUGGAACUGUUUGUUGCGAGGACAAUUGUUGUCGGGAUUCGUUCAAUUGACAAGAGCAGCAACAAUGCCCGAACAUUUUUACGAUUAGUUUCCGAAAAAACAAGUACAAAUAUACGAUUGCAACGUGAAACGAAGAUUUCCCUGAACAUUCAUUGAAAUAGCUAACACACGAGCUAUGCAGCAUCCGCACAAUCUAGUUAAAUGUUGGUAUUGAUGGUAUUGAUCAAUGUCAUAUAAAGCGAAAAAAGCAAGAAAAACUUUGAAGCGUAAGAAGCGUCGUGUAAUAUAAUAUGAUAGUCAUGUGCGAAUAUCGAGGCAAUAUCGAGGGCGCGAAGCGAGUCAAAUAAAACUUAUUGGAAAGACUGUUAGACAUGGCGCUGGACAACCGAGCGCCAACGCAACAAUCAGAAUCUGUAACAAUGUCGAGCGAGCAUCUAAAUUGAUCAAAGCAAAUGUCUCUAAAAAUUGGUGUAUUUACUUUGCUUUUGUCGCUGGGAUCGCUGGGAUUUGUCAAAUUUCAAAUUUUACGAGGCGAUUGUUUCGUACAUCAAAAGACCAUUGUCUAUACUUAUGUAGCCCAGUAUUCAUUCGACCUAUCGCGCGUCACCUUUGUACGUACGAGAGAACUGUUGUUUUGAUAUAAUGUAAAUAUUCAAAAAUAAAUGAUCGUUUUUAUUCCAA